AUCCACAAAUCAAGUUAGAGGGACUGACCCUGAAAAGAAGCCAUGAACUGAGAGAGUUUCCGACGAUCCUUCCACCACACUCUGGUUCUUGAUUGGCCGGGAUCUCGCCGCCGGUAAUCUUCUGGUUUGGUUUCAUCAUCUUCUUCUUCUGCAUGGAAUAGUUGUCCUCUUAACUAAGUAGAUAAAUUUUGUAUGUUAAUUACUCUCUAAUGAUUGUUUGUUUAACAAUAAAUAUAUAUAAUAUUCAAAGAAAGGUAUAGAGAAGGAGAAGCUGCUGAUGUGGUGAUGUUGAUGUUGAUGUUGUUGUUAUUGUCAUUGUUAGAUUAAUUAGUAAAAAUAUUUGUCUCUUAGAUCCUAACAGUGCGGGCCCUGCCCGCCUUUGCUUCCUUAACCACAUACCAACAUUUCUAAGUUUCGUCCGUACGCAAGAGAUCCAAACCCACUCUGGUUUUGUGGUUUCUAUAAAAACCCAUAUCUGUGGGCUACAUAAGCACAGAACCCAUCAAGGGUUUUUUUAGUUUUCAACUCUUCAAAGCCAUUUUUGGUUUUUUUACCAAAAAUAGAAAAAUAGCCAUUUUGGGAAAGGGAGAAGAAGAAGAAGAAUGGAAGAGGACAUCCAAAUGCAUGAAGCAACAGAGAGAGAUCAUCUACUACAUGGGCUGGAGAGACUUGAAUCUGUUGGUGAUCAAGACCCUAAUUUCAUCCCUAUUAAAGUUGAUGUUGAAGAAGAAGACACAGAUUUAUGGCUUGAUACAGACCCUGCAGGAGAUCUACUUGGGGUUGAUGGGGUUGAUGAUUCCUCCAUCUUCUACGGUGAUGACUUCCCCCCUCUCCCUGAUUUCCCAUGCAUCUCAUCUUCCUCUUCGUCAACCCAUUCGCAUCCUCCACCGGCUGAGCCACCGGUCAAUGACGGUGCAUGUCGGUCUUCGUCCUCAUCUUCCUCUUCGUCGUCCUUGUCCUCAUCCUCAUCUUCAUCUUCAUCAUCACCGGCUUCAUGGACUAUGUUCAGAUCAGAUUUGGAAGGGACUAUAGAGGAGAAAAGUGAUUACCAAAUGGAUACAACAGUGCAACAACCACCCCUGUUAUGGUCGCCGGAUUCAAUGGAGAUCCCACCGUCGUUCGAUCCUCAGACCGACGUCGACUGCAUCAACGUCAUGCAAGAGCUUGGAGACAUGGACCUUAUUUGGGAAGAACCCAAUUCUAUAUUCCCACCUGAAGAAGAACAGAAAGAGCAGCAGAAGAAAGAGGAGGGUCCACAAGAUGAUGAAGGGCCAUCGGAAGAUCUAGGGACUGUGUUCUUAGAAUGGCUGAAAUCGAACAAAGAAUCAAUCUCUGCUGAAGAUCUGAGAAGCAUCAAGCUUAAGAGAUCUACGAUCGAAUGUGCGGCUCAACGCUUAGGCGGUGGCAAGGAAGGGAUGACUCAGUUGCUAAAACUUAUCCUCCAGUGGGUGCAGAAUCAUCACCUACACAAGCGCCGCAUGCAAUCCUACAACACACAGCAAUGUUUUCAGAACCCUAACCCUACAACCCACGUUCCAGAUUCUCACCUUUGCUUCUCCUCUUCCACCCCUUGGAUUCCUCAUCAACAAUCCUUCUAUGUCAAUCCAACGGCAAAUGUAGGGUUUCCUUCCCUUCCUCCUAUGCUAGGCUACAUGGGAGACCCUAAUUUUGGUUAUCCUAUGGUUGACAAUGCAGCAACUUGGCAUCAUCCUUCACUUCCUACUACACCACAUUUCGGUUUAUAUAAUUCAUAUAGAGAUUCGCAUCUUAUUCCUGCACCGCCACCUCUGCAAGUGUUUGGCUCCUCCAGCAGCUGUGGAAACCAGUACUCAUCAAGUCCUACACAAAUGAUGGUGCAAGGGAAUGGAGAGAGUCUGGCUUCAUCGGCAACAAAAGAAGCAAGGAAGAAGAGAAUGGCUCGGCAGAGAAGGUUACUCUCGCAUCACCGUAGCCAGCAUCAUCUCCAUCACCAGCGUCAGAAUUCCAGUACUGCUGAGCAGCAUGCAAGGCUUGCUACUGAUGCAAAUUGCACCACUUCAAGCCAUGACAACCCUGGGGCUAAUUGGGUGUUCCGGCCCUCUACUGCGGUUGCUACUGCUGCUGGCACCACCACAGCUGAUGUGGCACCUCCACCUCCAUCUUCAGAUUGGCCAACUCUGCAACCACAUCAUCAGCGACAGUCCACUUCAGAAAGGCGUCAGGGAUGGAAAGUACAAGACAUGAACUUGAGAUUUUUGCUGCAGAAAGUUUUGAAACAAAGCGAUGUGGGUAAUCUUGGGAGGAUAGUAUUACCAAAAGAAGCGGAAACACAUCUCCCGGAGCUGGAAUCAAGGGAUGGGAUCUCAAUCCCCAUGGAAGAUAUUGGAACCUCUCGCAUCUGGAACAUGCGUUAUAGAUUCUGGCCUAACAACAAAAGUAGGAUGUAUCUUCUAGAGAAUACAGGAGAUUUUGUGCGCUCCAAUGGCCUCCAAGAGGGAGACUUCAUAGUUAUCUACUCAGACGUAAAAUGUGGCAAAUAUUUGAUACGAGGAGUGAAGGUACCACAACCAGGAUUGAAAAUGGAGUCGAAAAGGGCAGGAAAGCUGCAAAGAAACCUGCAUGCAUCUUUACUCUCACCGACCGGUGGCGACGACCGUUCUUCAUCCUCUCCCAUCAAUGAAACAGUGACCUAAGGAGGAGGAGGAGGAGCAAGUGACUCUCACACUUAUAGUAUAUACUCGAACUCGUACUCAUAUUUGUUACUUCAUUCGGUCUCUCUAUCCCUUGUAUUACUAUUUUAAGGGUUUUCUUUGUAUUGAUGGAGGCUGCAAGAGAAGAAUUUGUGGAUUGGGUAUGGAAGGAAAUGAUCUAUAAAUAACAUAGUUUCUGUACAGCUUAGUUAGUCCUAUUCCUAAACUCUUAGACUUCAAGAAUUUGUAGUUACUGUUACCCUUUCAGUCAACAAUAAAAAAUGUGGUACUCGGAUUUA